UUUUUUUUUAGUUCAUGAACAUGGUGGUACAGUGGUUAUGGGGAAAAGAAACCAGUGAAACGUUAGACUCGGUGGCAAGAUAAGGGUGGUACAUGCUAAAUAAAGGAUUAAAACAAAUGUUAAAUGAUUGGAUUAAGGACAGCUUCAGGACCACCAUUGCGGUGCCAGGACAAAGAAGAGCUUGGACUGGGCUGAGCGAGAGCUGCCCUCCCGUAGGGAUGGGAGGGCCAAGAGAGCUGAGGUGGCAGAACGGAGUGCUCGGGUUGGGGUAUAGGGUUUGAGCAUGGCCUGAAGGUAGAGAGGGGCAGUUCCUCUUGCUGCACCGUAGGUAAGCACCAUGGUCUUGUAGUGGAUGCAAGCGUAGACUGGAAGCCAGUGGAGUGUGCGGAGGAGCGAGGUGACAUGAGAGAACUUGGGAAGGUUGAAAAUCAAGCGGCUGCAGUGUUCUGGAUAAGUUGCAGGGGUUUGAUGGCACAAGCGGGGAGCCCAGCCAAUAGUGAGUUGCAGUAGUCCAGACGGGACAGGACAAAUGCCUGGAUUAUGACCUGCACCACUUCCUCUAUGAGGUAUGGUUAUACUCUGCGGAUGUUGUAGAGAAUGAACCAGCAGGUCCCUGCUUUCAUGUUUGCAUAGAACAAGUUCAUCGGACUUUGGGGAGUUAGAAAAAUUCAGUCAAUUUCAGUGCGUUCCAGACAACUCUGAAAUAAACAGGGAAGAAUCUCCAACUGGGAAAAAUAGUUUGAAUGGUCAUCCAAUUUGGAAUUACAAGUUGGGAACCCUGGCCUCUUUCUCAAGAUCCGACUUUCUGAUCUGAAAAUCACAGAAGUCAUGUUUUUACCUAGUUUUUAACCGAGUUCCCAGUUGUCUUCAAAGUACCAAAAGCAUUACAAUGUUUUCAAUCUGUGUACUGCAGGGUUAAACCAAUAGUUGUUGAGCACAGAUGUGGGUAUGGGAAUCAUAAUGGCACUUCCACUGAUUUAUUGCUUCAUGAAAGAGGGAGGAGCUUACAGUACAAAAUGCAACCUGAAACCAAGGAAACUCAUUAAAUCACUCCCCCCCCCCCAGAAGAAGAAAAAAAAUCUGUUUGGUUGUUGCGCUCCAUACACAGAAAGCUUGAAGAGAUGGCCUUGUCAAUGUCAGAGGACCAGUUCCUGUGCUGCAUCUGUCUUGGUGUUUUCAUCGACCCAGCCACAAUCCCGUGUGGACACACCUUUUGCAAGCCUUGUCUCGAGGCCUAUUGGCACACGAGAGACACUGCGAUCUGUGCUCUGUGCAAGACUAGCUUCACACCAGCCCCCAACAUCCAGGUCAACAUGGUCAUGAGAGACCUUGUGGAAAGCUUCAAGGGGGCAAGUGGAGGGGACGAGGUCGUUGACCAGUCGUCGACUCUGGCUCCGGGAGAGGUCUCCUGUGACAUAUGCAUCGGAGACAGGAUGUCCAAGGCCGUCAAGACCUGCCUGGUGUGUGUGUCGUCGUACUGCCUGGAGCAUGCAAGGGUCCACAAUGCCCGGUUUUCCAGGCACCAGCUAGUCAGACCGCUAGCUAACCUGGAGGAAAGGAUGUGUCCGACCCACAACAGGCUCCUGGAGCUUUACUGCUGCUUUGACAAGACCAUGUUGUGUGUGGCGUGUGACUCUCACCAGGCGCCGGCCCACCUGGUUGUGACUAUGCGGGUAGAGUUCUUGCUUCAAAAGGCUCAGCUGGCUAAAGCCAAGACAGUGGUCAAGGAGAAGCUGAAGGCCACUCGGAUUGAGGCAGAGAAAUUAAACUCUUCAGUCCUACUCUGUGAGAAUAAAGCAGCAAGGCAAAUCAAGUUUGUGAAUGCCUUCCACCUAGCCCUGGUCAGCAAGGUGAGUAUGCUCUACGAUCGCUAUAACACUGAGGCCUCGAGGAGAGUGGACGAGCUGGAGUGGACAGCUUCCCAUUGGAAUUGUGUGCUUGAAGAAGACAUUACAGCUCUGAUGAGCAGAGUUUUUGCAUUGGAGCGAGUGAUUGGCUCCUCAGACUCCUUUGAGCUUCUUAAUAAUCUUCCCUCUCUCCCUCCUGCUCCUCCAGAUGGCAUCAGAGGACCAUGCAGCGUCAACAUCCCCACAGAUCUACUUGGGAACCUUGCGGAGCAUUUCAUGCAAAACAUGGCCAAACUACCCAAGAUGGGAUGCUUCACUACAAAUGGCAGUGCUGGCUCAGAGAUUACCUUGGUUAAAGAGUUCACAGUUGAGGUGACUCCUGACCCCAGCACAGCCCACCCAUCGCUCCUGUUCAGAAGGGGGUCCCAUGGUUGUGAGAUUCGGGUGGACCGGUGCAAGAUUGCUAGGACGUUCCCCAUGUCGACCCAGCGCUUCACCCAGGUGCCGUGUGUCCUCGCCACCCAGGGGUUCAGCAGCCAUCGAGCCUACUGGGAGGUUGAGGUGGAGGACUGGGUUGGAAAUGGAUCUGAUGUGUGGUUUGUAGGUGUGGCAACUGAGUCCUCCAUGACUUCUCAAGGGGUGAGUGUCACCCCUGGGAAUGGGUUCUGGGUCCUGGUACACCGUGAGGGGAGGCUUUGGCCAACCGCUACCACCAACCCUGCCAACAACCCUAUGGCCAUCGUAACACAAAUGAGAAAGGCACAUGUGGGUGUGUACUUUGACGGGCGGAAGCGACUUGUGUCAUUCUACGACAUUCAUCUCGGUGAUCACCUCUACACAUACCAACACGUGCCAACCAAUGAAAGACUCUUCCCUGUCUUCAGCCCUGACUACUUCCGUCCUUCAAUCAAAUACGCCAACCAUGCCAUGAUUGUUAAAACCCACACUGCAACAAACCCCCUAUGUGGACGAUGAUGCUCAUUGACAGUCCAAUCCUUUUCGGGCAGAGUUCUUGUCAGAAUCAUUAGAAAAUGGUGAAUUCAAAAAUGUUUUACAGGUAGACUUAUUGUUCUACGAAUAUUUCUUUUGUGUGAAGUUUUAUAAAAUAAAAUAUAUAUUUUUAUUUA